CCUACAACAAAAGCUACAAACGUCUAAAGGCGAAUGCAUAAAUUCGAACCCUUUAGACAGACAAGCCAAAAACAAACCAACCAACAUACAACCGGGUUGACUUGACUGAAUUUCUUUCGACUUUUUCUUCUUUUACACAGAAUUCCCGCACACGCAAGGACUGAGAUUUGACGAGAGCAGGUAAAGGUGAUAAUGUCUUUCCCUCAUCACUACCAAACAUCUCAUUUCCCAAAUUCUCACCAGGGCACGUUACAGGAGCAGCGAUUCAUGGAAAAAUAGAUCGACCAUUUAUGUACAAAGAUCAGCUCGAGAUUUUGGAGUCCUGAUCGUCGUCGAGAACUUGACCGGUGAGGCUAUUGUCUGGUUCGACAGCGACUUUCCACCGGAAACAAGGUACGACAGCCGUGGUCCUGAAGGCGGACUUCUGCUUCUGCCGGUGCUGCUGCCAUGGUCGAUGGAGGGUGAGGAUGAUGAAGGCCCCGGGGAGAAAGUUCCAGAUUCUGAGGAACGUGUUCAAGAAAACGCGGCAGUUCGGCCUACGGCGCAGCCGUCUCACGCCGGCGACCUCUGUGAUGUAAUGGAACCCGACGGAAUCAUUGGAGUUUCUUUCAGUUCGUGUGGGGAGGGGCAGCGAAGCCAUAAUCCGAUACCUCGGGGGUACUGUUCGCCGGACCCUGAGGAGGAUUUUAGCUCGGGUUAUGAUGGGAAGGAUGUGGUCCUUGAGAAUCUGAGGCAGCUUUGUGUGUUUAGGGAGACUAAGGAAGACAUGGGUGUGAUUAAGUGCCCAAUGAAGGAGAAGAAAUACAAUGCCGAGUGUGCUGAGGGCUGGACCUAAGGAAAAUUGAAGAUGCAUGGGUGAUCCCAAUGUUGAUGUGGAUAAUCCCGUAUUGAAGGAGGAGCAAAAGGGUCAGAUUAGGAAAGGGACGCGUGAAGAUGUAACUAUUUUACCGACCCUUGUCGUGAAUAAUCAUCAAUAUUG